AUGCCUCCUUCCGCACUUGAUGUGGAAAGGACACCAGAACGGAAUCUUUGUUCCUCUCCAGAAGCUUCCGAAGCACAUUCGCGCUCAUGGCAUGCACUUCUUUCACAACCGCGUUCACUGAAGGUAUGCAAACCACACAGCUGGGUCUAUCCUCGUGGAUUUCCUAUUCUCAGACCGCGACAGGUUUCCAGAAACGGUAUUCCGGCAGAAAAUAUUGAGAAAACGUCUUCGAUUUAUGUGUAUGAGAAGGAGAGAAGCUACUUCGAGCAAUGUUUCAAAGAGCUCCGAGUACUUGGAAGAGGCUUAUUUGGAGAGGCUCUGGAAGUGGAGUGUCGCGAAACAGGCAAUCGCUAUGCUGUUAAACGUGCCCUGCACACUUUCGAAUCAGCUGGAAAUCGACAGCUAAAACUUCGCGAAGCGACAAAUCAUGAGGCAAUUCCUCCACACAUGAAUAUAGUCAGAUUUGAAAAGGCCUGGGAAGAAAGGGGUCGUCUCUAUAUUCAAACCGAGCUUUGCGGUGCAAACCUUGCUGAGUAUCGUGAUGAAGUUGGAAUUCUCCCUGAAAAUGAACUUUGGAAAGUUUUGUACGACAUGGUACAGGCUCUGCAUCAUUUGCACUCCACAGGGGUGCUGCAUUUGGACGUGAAACCAUCGAAUAUUUUCAUUUCUGAUGAUUCAGUCUGCAAAUUGGGAGAUUUUGGGCUAGCGUUUGAUAUGAAUAAGACUCCUCGCGAGACGGCUGAAGAAGGUGACAAGCACUACAUGGCACCAGAGAUCCUCAAUGAC